AACAAAAAGAAAGAAGGAAAAGGCUAAAUAACGGUUGCAACGGCCUGUUCCUCGUUCAUAAUCAUAUUCGGUUCUCUUAAUAAAAUUUUACCCUUCUUCUGCUGGAGAAGAGAGAGAGGGAGAGGGGAGUUCGUUAAUUCUGCGGUGUAGGAUGUUUCAUAGCUUGAUCUUUCCUGCAUAACUUAAUAGGGUUUCCAGCCUCCGAUCUGCUCUCUUGUAGGCAACGAUCCGAGGCUGGUCCAAAAAAUUUAAACCUCUAGCCGAUUGUUUGGAGAAGAAUUCUUAUUCUCACCCUCAUUCGGCAUCCAUUAGAGGAUUUGUUCGAUUGUCUUAGUUAAAAGGUAGAAGAAAGAGAAACAUUUAAGGAAUCAAGUGAUUGUUGUGUUUACCAAUUGAGAAAUAAAGAAAGAAAGGAAAAAGGAAGAAGAAAAACUUGGAUUUUUUGAAAAGUUUUAGCGGGUAGAGAUGGGUGUGAUAUCGAGGAAGGUUUUGCCAGCUUGCGGGAGCCUUUGCUUUUUCUUCCCUGAGAUGAGAGCAAGAUCUAGACAACCAGUCAAGCGAUACAAGAAGAUUAUUUCCGAAAUUUUCCCUCGUAAUCCGGAAGAAGGGCCAAAUGAACGGAAAAUAAGCAAAUUGUGUGAAUAUGCUUCAAGAAAUCCCUUGCGUAUCCCAAAGAUCGCGGCUUCUCUUGAACAGAGGUGUUACAGGGAAUUGAGAAAUGAGCGUUUUCAGUUUGCACAUAUAGUGAUGUGUAUAUACAGAAAACUGUUGAUCUCCUGCAAAGAGCAAAUGUCGUUGCUUGCAAGUAGCCUACUAGGAAUCAUACACACUUUGCUAGAUCAAGUACGUCAAGUUGAAAUGAGGAUUAUAGGAUGCCAGACUCUUUUUGACUUCGUAAACACUCAGACUGAUGGUACUUACAUGUUCAACAUAGAAGCCUUCAUUCCCAAACUCUGUCUGAUAACCCAAGAAAUGGGUGAGGAUGAGAAGACGCAAUGUUUACGUUCAUCUGCGAUGCAAACUCUAUCUUCAAUGAUCUGGUUCAUGGGGGAAUACUCGCAUAUUUCAACAGAAUUUGAUAAUGUUGUUUCAGUGGUCCUGGAAAAUUAUCGAGCACCUAAUCAGAAGAUGGAGAAUAUAGAUGGAGACACGCAAGAUGGCCAAGUGGCUCCUUCUGAAGUUGUAACCAUAAGUGUCCCUUCUUGGAGGGAGAUUGUAAAUGAAAAAGGCGAAAUAAACAUCUCCAUGAGGGAAGAUGCGAAGCACGCUAACUUUUGGUCCAGGGUUUGCCUGUACAAUAUGGCAAAGCUCGCCAAGGAGGCCACAACUCUACGACGUGUAUUGGACUCUCUAUUUCGCCAUUUUGACAGUGGCAAUUUAUGGUCUCCUGAGCAUGGGCUUGCUCUUCCUGUUUUGUUGGAUAUUCAGUCAUUGAUGGAGAAGUCAGGACAGAACACCCACCUUUUGUUGUCUAUCCUAGUCAAACAUCUUGAUCACAAGAAUGUUAUCAGAGAACCUGACAUGCAGCUGGAUAUUGUUCGAGUUACUACUGCCGUCACUAGAAAUUCAAAGGUUAAGCACUCUGUGGCAAUAACUGGUGCAGCAAGUGAUCUGAUGAGACAUUUACGGAAAGGGAUACACUGCUCCCUUGAUGAAUCCAACCUGGGGGCUAAUGUUAUCAAUUGGAAUAAGAAAUUUUUAGAAGCUGUAGAUGAGUGCCUUGUGCAGAUAUCGCAUAAGGUAGGAGAUGCAGGACCUAUGCUUGAUAGAAUGGCCGUGAUGUUGGAGAACAUACCACAUGUUGCAGUAAUAGCCAGAACUACCAUCCGUGCUGUGUAUCGUACUGCUCAAAUAUUAGCCUCUCUACCAAAUUUAUCAUAUCAAAACAAGGCUUUUCCGGAGGCGUUAUUUCAUCAAUUGCUUAUGGCUAUGGUAUAUCCAGAUCAUGAAACACGGGUGGGAGCUCACAGCAUAUUCUCUGUUGUUCUUGUGCCAUCUUCUGUUUGUCCAAAGGCUUCCAUAGUUAAUUCUGAUGCACUAAAGGAAAACGGUUUUAACCGAACUCUCUCAAGAAAUGUGUCUGUGUUUUCUUCUUCAGCUGCUCUGUUUGAGAAGCUUAAAAAGGAUAAACCACUCUUGUCAGAAAAUGCUUCUGAACAGAACACCGAGAAACCUAUUGAUGACAGGCUGCAAGGAGGCAACAAUACUGGGAUGCUGAACAGAUUAAAAUCGUCCUAUAGUCGAGUUUAUAGCAUGAGACGUGCUUCUGUACCUUCAGUUCUCGGUGAAAAGCCUAUGGUAUCUUCAAACAAAGAAGUGGAUCCAAUUUCCCUUAGGUUGAGCAGUCGUCAGAUUACUCUCUUGCUUUCUUCUAUUUGGGCUCAGUCUCUCUCUCCUCUCAAUGUGCCUGAAAGCUUUGAGGCUAUUGUCCAUACAUACAGCUUGCUGGUGUUGUUUGCUCGAAACAAGAAUUCCAGUAAUGAGACUCUGGUUCGAAGUUUGCAGCUCGCGUUUUCACUAAGGAAGAUUUCCCUUCAAGGUGGAGGUUCACUUCAGCCGUCACGUUGUCGAUCUCUCUUUACGAUGGCAACUUCAAUGAUUAUCUUUGCAUCUAAAGCUUACAACAUCAUACCUCUUGUUGCAUUAGCCAAAGCAUCACUUACAGAUGAGGCGGUAGAUCCCUAUCUACGCUUGGUUGAUAAUUGCAAACUGCAGGCCACUACCACUGGUUCUGAUUAUCCAUAUGGAUCCAAAGAAGAUGAUGUUGCUGCAACCAAUUCUCUAUCAACAAUAAAGUUAACUGAGAAUCAAUCGCAAGAAUCAAUGACUUGUGUGAUUAUAAAGAGCUUGGGAAAUAUGUUGGAUUCAGAGUCAUCCACUAUGAAACAACAGUUGUUAAGUGACUUUAUGCCUGAUGAUAUAUGUCCAUUGGGAGCUCCAUUAUACUUGGAGAAUCCAAAAGAAGUAUCUCAGUUUGCUUCAAAUGAAAUUGAAUCUGUUGAUGAGGCCAUGCCUCCACUUUUAUUUUUAGAGGACGAAGUUGCUCCUGAAGCAAUUCAAACAGAUUGUAAACCAGACAUUGUUGUGCAAACUCCUGACCUUUUGAGCGUCAAUCAACUCUUAGAUUCGGUUUCGGAGACGACACGCCAUGUUGGACGAGUGUCAGUGUCGACUACGCCUGAUGUUCCUUACAUGGAGAUGGCUGGUCAUUGUGAGGCACUUCUGAUGGGAAAACAGCAAAAGAUGUCCAGUUUCAUGACCGUUCAGCAAAAGCAGGGAAACUGCCUCCACGUCUCGUCACCAGAUGAAAACUGUGAUGUGAAUAGAAUACCAACUUAUCUACCUCCGAAGCGUGGGAACCCGUUUGACGAGGAAAACUUCAGCAUGAAGCAGAGCAAAACAUCUGUUAACGCAGGACCUAAGCGUUGUGCAACAGAAUAUCAGCAUCACCCUGACAUUUUCAGGCUACCAGCAGCAAGUCCCUACGAUAACUUUCUAAAAGCUGCUGGUUGCUGAUUAUGUAGAUUGCAUAGCAAACACAAGACGAGAAUACGAUUUAAAGCAUUACUAUCCAGCAUUUGAGGCUAGAAUUGUUCUCAGACAGAGUUGAUACACUCUACUUCGGUAUUCAAACUUACAGAGGUUAACGAAAAUGAUGGUCAGUCUGAGGUGUUGAUACUGUUAGUUUAACCAUUCAUCCUUCAAGCAUCCAUUCUUGUAGUAAUUGGUUAUCCAUCUUCCAUCUUGAGAGGGUUCUUGACCCUGGUUCUUUCUCCUUACAGGAUGUCCCAAUGGCCUUCAGUGUACGGAAUUAUCCGCCACAAUUAUAGUAUGUCGAUGUACCAACCACUAUCAUCAGUUAAUUAACAACUACGAGUGAUUGUAAACGUUUCUUUCUUCAUUAUUAUCCAUAUGUAAAAGGAACUCUGUCAGGUGAUAGGGCCUCUUCGCUUUUUUGUGUAUAAGUUCUGCAGAAUCCCUUAUUUUUGCGGUGAAGAUAUAUUGCGGUUGUAAAUGUUUAUGCUCAAAAAUAGGACAAUAAACUGAACACUGCACAUCAGAUUAAUGCCUAUUAUAUACAUGCGUGUGUGAGACGUAUGUUUUUAA